ACAAUCCUGCGCUUCAACUGUACGGUGUGCGCGUGUGAGGUGUGUGUGCGCGCGCACAGGGCGGUCACUCAGCAGCCACCGCCUCGGGAGAGCGCAGAGCAUCCAUCCGCUGAUAAACUCCGAGUACAGCCGGUACAGUGUGAAUAACCAUGACGACAGACCCGAGCUCAGAGCCAGAGGCCAAGCAGGAGCAGCCGGGGGCCGGUGCGGCUCCGCCCCACACAGCCCCGCCCCUGGAAGAACAGCUUCCUCCUGCCGCCGCCCACAGCACGCCGGUUAGAAAAGAACAGAACGGGGAGAGAGAGGCGGGAGGUGUCCCACAGGGGAAGCCGGAUCAGCAGGUGGCUGAGGACGACCUCACCUCCCACAGGUCCUCCUCCAGCAAGCUCUCCAGGUCUCCAGUUAAGGUGCCCAAGAAACCCAAAAACAUGCAGUGCAAAGUCACGCUCCUAGACGGCUCGGACUACACGUGUGUGGUGGAGAAACGGGAUAAAGGUCAGGUGCUCCUUGACAAAGUCUGCGAGCAUCUUAACCUUCUAGAGAGGGACUACUUUGGGAUCACAUUCCGUGAUGCAGAGAAUCAGAAGAACUGGCUUGACCCUUCCAAAGAUAUGAAGAAGCAGAUUAGGGGAGUCGCCUGGAAUUUCUCCUUUAAUGUGAAGUUUUAUCCUCCUGACCCCGCUCAGCUCUCUGAGGACAUCACAAGGUACUACCUGUGUCUUCAGUUGAGAGAUGAUGUUCUGUCCGGGCGUCUACCCUGCUCCUUUGCCACACACACGGUUCUCGGAUCAUACACGGUCCAGUCGGAGCUGGGUGAUUUUGAUCCAGACGAAUAUGGCACAGACUACGUCAGCGAAUUCCGGUUUGCACCUCACCAGACCAAGGAACUAGAAGAGAAGGUCAUGGACCUCCACAAGAACUACAAAGGGAUGACGCCAGCUGAUGCUGAAAUGCAUUUCCUGGAGAAUGUGAAAAAGCUGUCUAUGUAUGGAGUGGACCUCCAUCACGCCAAGUUGGUAGGAAGCUUCUUUGAGUGCUUGUCUCCAGCUAAAGGAGAGGAUUCAGAGGGGGUGGAGAUCAUGCUAGGAGUGUGUUCCUCAGGCCUCCUCAUCUAUCGGGACCGUCUGCGCAUCAACAGGUUCGCGUGGCCCAAAGUCCUCAAGAUCUCCUACAAGAGGAAUAACUUCUACAUCAAAAUUCGGCCUGGAGAGUUUGAGCAGUUCGAAAGCACGAUUGGCUUUAAACUCCCCAACCACAGAGCAGCUAAGAGACUUUGGAAGGUUUGUGUGGAGCACCACACUUUCUUCAGGUUGGUUUCUCCGGAAACGCCUCCUAAGAAGUUCCUGACUCUCGGUUCCAAGUUCCGCUACAGUGGCAGAACCCAGGUCCAGACACGACGAGCCAGUUCACAGAUAGUUCGCCCAGCACCCUACUUUGAGCGCUCCACCAGCAAACGCUACACCAUGUCCCGCAGUCUAGACGGAGCUCAUCGGAGCAUCCCCCAAAACACAGUGACUGUAGUCCCAGGAUCUAAACCACUAACAGCUAUGAAUGGCACAAAACCAGCAGAGAUGGGCACAGCAUUGUACGGGGCUGCUAAAGGCAUUGCCAUGAGUGACCUCAUCACCACAGUUACACCAGAGAAGAAGGUGGAGGAGAACAAAGCGGAAGAAGGAGUGGUGCUUGUAGAAAACGUUGUGGUGGUGGAGGAAGAAGACGAGACGACGAAGGCUACAGAAGUUUCACAGCCGAGUCCACCAACUCCUGUUAGACAGGACACAAGGACUGAUUUUACAGACACUGCUAUAGAUGGUGAAUUGACAGCGACGGAGUCAGACCAGGAUGAUGAGUCUGAAAUGAAGACACAGCCCAGUUUUGUAAGGCGAAUAAAAGGAGAAAAUGUGUUUAUCAGACAUAGCAAGCUGAUGCUGGAGGAGGUGGAAAAAACACCUGAAGAGCUUCUCAAACACCAGACCAACAUUAGUGAGCUGAAGAGAUCUUUCCUGGAGGGAGGUGCUGAUAAGUCAGGCCUGACGGAGUGGGAGAAACGUCUUUCUUCAUCCCCCCUGCGAUCCCCCCGGUUGGACGAGGCCCCUAUGAUUGAACCCCUAGUGCCUGAGGAUACCAAAGAGGACUCAAAAGCAGUAGGUGAGAAGGAGGAGGAGGAGGCUGCUGGAGGAACAGAAGUACAGGACAGCCUUGAGGACAGGAAAGUAGAUGUGGAGUCUGAUGGUUGGGUAAUUAUAAACAAGGUUCCUCCUAAGGUUCCUCCUAAAGUUCCUCCUAAGGUACCAGAAAAGAAAAACAUAGCCAGCUACAAACUAGUGAGCGUUACUAGCACUGUAACUGCAGAUGAGGUUCUGGGGGAUAUAGCUCUCAAACCUCCAGAGGAAGAUGUGGAGAAGGCAUCAGCCAAGGAAGAAGAGAUUGGCAAGUCGUACGACACCACCUCGGGGAAGAUAGUUAUCGUGACCGCUUCAGAUGGUGACCUCCCGUCCCCGUCGCUUCCUGCAGAGAAGAAAAAGCUGUUAGACCAGAGCAGCACUGCAGUUUCGGAAGGGUAUGAGGCUGCAGCCAUCAUAGCUACAGAAACCAUUACAACACCAGUGAUCACCAUAAAAGAAGCCAGGACCCCGUCUCCCACCGAACCUACAGGAGACGUUGUGAGGACAGUGGUGGCCAUCCGCUCCAGUGAGGAAAUUGGGGAGGAGCAGAGGAAAGAGUUGAGGCUGCUAACUGACCCUUCGCUGAGGGGUGGUGCCCCACCAACGCCAAGAUCUCCCCUCAGGUCCCCACUAAGAUCUCCUCUCAAAUCUCCAGCGAAGACGCCGGGGGAUCUCAGCCCCGGCCCGAGCUCCUAUCUGACAAAAACUCCACCAACAGCCAGAGUGGUACCUAAGCCCACAUUCGAUGAGAUGUCUCCAGAGCUCACUGCUUUACUGCAGUCUGCUCGUGACCAGAUCAGCACGCGCAGCUGGGGACCAUCAUCUCCAACCUCUGCUCAUAAUCCAGCCGUCAUUAAGACAUCUAAAGGUCCAGGCAGGAGUAUUCUCGAGACUGCAGAUACGGCCAAGUCAAAGGAUGAGGAGCAGGUGGCCAGUAAACAGCAGCUGUCUUCACUGCUACAGACAGAGGUUGUAACCUUUGGUGGAGCAUUGUCUGACGAAGCAGAGAGGCUGGCGCGGGAAAUGCCAGUGAUCCACACAGAAAUGAAGACUAUAACAUACGAGGCCCUGCAGGGUGAAACAGAUGGUGACACAGAGCCAGGGAUUCUGAUGAGCGCUCAGACCAUCACAUCUGAAACCACUAGUACAACCACAACAACACAUAUCACUAAGACUGUGAAGGGAGGUAUCUCGGAAACGAGGAUUGAGAAGAGAAUUGUCAUCUCGGGGGAUGCAGACAUCGACCAUGAUGAGGCCCUGGCUCAGGCCAUUAAAGAAGCCAAAGAGCAACACCCCGACAUGUCAGUGACCAAAGUAGUGGUCCACAAAGAGACUGAAAUCACGCCAGAAGAGGGCGAGGAGUGAAGAAGGAAUAAUGUCUCAUCACACUCCCUGGCGAAACACCUCGUUUACACCACGCAGUAUGAAGGACGCUUUGGAGAAGUCUCCCACGGAAACAGCACCACAAGCGGAGCAGUUGAUAAUACUUCAGUUUUGCAGCGCUGGAGCAAACUCUCGCAGAAACAUUCACACAUGCUCACACUCUCCAACACACGCUUACAGAACUACCGGGCAGCCUGGUCCAGCACUGGAUCACUGAUAUUGCAUGACAAGGGAACAACUGCUUUUCUUUUUCUUAUUUAUUAUUUUUUUUGUAAAGAGAAGAAAAAAAGAUAUAUAGCUUUUAGAACUCUAUUACAGCAGUGUACUUUUCAGUCUACCCUGCGCUCUUCACCUGAAGGGAGGAGGAAUGUAUCGGAUGAGUGUUCUGAAAUAGUACUGAAUCAAAAAACAAAUACCCACAUUUAAUUUAUUAGAAUCCAGCGCAGUAUGAGUAAUAAAAAUAAUAAUAACAGUAAUAAUAAUAAUACUAGACUGUAUCUGUAAGAGCACACAGUAUUUAACCAUGCAAUAGGUGUGCCGUUCAUGCCGCCAGUCUCCACGUCCUGAUCUCGUCAACCCUCCCUCUGCCUCUGAUGUGCUCAUGUUGAACGUACUUUAUCUGAAUGAGAAUGUGAACGAUUCACUCAUUUGCUUUGUAGAUCAUGCAUAGUAGAAGAAACGUAUUCUGUUGUUUUUAGUUGAAUUAAAUGUGCAUUUUUAUGUUUUACCCUCAAAUUGUCUGACUGAACAGCAGAUGUUGGCAAUUUUACUGUCUGAUUUUUUUUUCCUUCCAAAAAAGAAGACUGGCACUGUGACCUCAUUUGUCACUGAUUCAGAGUCCUUGCUAAACAAAGCGAUGUCUUUGCAAGGUGACUGCUGCCCCAGCCUCACGUUUUAAGUUUGAAAUCAUUUCCCAAAUUGUCUAUGCCUAGAGUGGCAUACCUGAGCCUUAAAUUGUAUAAACUGGAUAGAGAAUCUAAAAUAUCUCCAGUUAUGUGUUGUGCCCUUGUUUUAUUAUUCUAAUUAUUGUUUGUCAUUAGCCUGUGUGUUUUUUACACCACCAUCCUGUUGUACGCUGCAGUCCAUGUUGAAUGUGUUUCCCACAUGAGCUCAAAUAAAAUGGCAAAUAUAUUUGA